GGCGCGUGUCCCUCCGCGGAGGCGGCCGCGUGCGGAUGGCCAUGCACUAGGCAGGGCUCCCCUAUGCGCCCGGAGAGCGCGGGCCGCCGCCGCCGCCUCGGGCCGCCGCUUCCUGCCGCCGCUCGCCGUGUCCGCGCCGGAGCUCGAGCCCGAGCCGCAGCCCGCCCCAGGCCAGGGCGUCGAGCAGCCGGCGGCGAGGCCAUGUGGGGCUAGUCCGCGCCGCUCACCCUGCAGCGGACCGGCAACAUGGAGGCAGCCGUCGGCGCGCCCGACGGCGGGGACCAGGGCGGCGUGGGGCCGCUCGAGGAUGCGACGCCCAUGGACGCCUAUCUGCGCAAACUGGGCUUGUAUCGGAAACUGGUCGCCAAGGACGGGUCGUGCCUGUUCCGGGCCGUGGCCGAGCAGGUAUUGCACUCUCAGUCUCGACAUGUGGAAGUUAGAAUGGCCUGUAUUCACUACCUUCGAGAGAACAGAGAGAAAUUUGAAGCGUUUAUAGAAGGGUCAUUUGAAGAAUAUUUAAAACGUUUGGAAAAUCCACAGGAAUGGGUAGGACAAGUGGAAAUAAGUGCCCUUUCUCUUAUGUACAGGAAAGAUUUUGUAAUAUAUCAGGAGCCAAAUGUUUCUCCUUCACAAGUAACUGAAAAUAAUUUUCCUGAAAAGGUGUUGCUGUGUUUUUCGAAUGGAAAUCAUUAUGAUAUUGUCUAUCCUAUAACAUAUAAAGAUAGCUCUGCUAUGUGUCAGUCUCUCCUUUAUGAAUUGCUGUAUGAGAAGGUAUUUAAAACUGAUGUUAGUAAAAUCAUGAUGGGACUCGAGACUUCUGAAGUGGCUGAUGAGAGCAACAGUGAAAUAUCAGAUUCUGAGGAUGACAGCUGCAAGAGUAAGAGUACUGCUGCUACUGAUGGGAAUGGAUUUAAGCCUUCAUCCAGUGAGAACCCAGAGAACGAUGGGAACGUGGCUGAUCUUCCUUUGUCCAGAAAGGUUCUUAAGUCGCUCAACCCAGCAGUCUAUAGAAAUGUGGAGUAUGAAAUUUGGCUGAAGUCCAAACAAGCUCAACAAAAACGUGAUUAUUCUAUUGCUGCUGGAUUACAGUAUGAAGUUGGAGAUAAAUGCCAUGUUAGAUUGGAUCAUAAUGGAAAAUUUUCUAAUGCAGAUGUUCAUGGGGUUCACUCUGAAAAUGGACCAGUUUUAUCUGAAGAACUGGGGAAAAAACAUACACCGAAGAACCUCAAGCCACCUCCCCCAGAAACCUGGAACACAGUGUCAGGAAAGAAGAUGAAAAAACCUAAUUCUGGACAAAAUUUCCAUUCAGAUACGGAUUACAGAGGGCCAAAGAAUCUAAGCAAGCCAAUAAAAGCCCCAUCAGCACUACCUCCUCGACUACAGCAUCCUUCUUCAGGUGUAAAACAGCAUGCAUUCACUAGUCAUUCUUCAGGGUCCCAGUCUCAAAAAUCCUCCAAUGAGCAUAAGAAUCUAAGUAGAACAUCCUCACAGACCAUAAGAAAACCUGAUCGGGAAAGAACGGAGGAUUUUGAUCACAUGAGUCGUGAAUCUUACUAUUUUGGCCUCUCCCCAGAGGAACGCAGAGAGAAGCAAGCUAUUGAAGAGUCUCGUUUACUGUAUGAGAUUCAGAACCGGGAUGAACAGGCUUUUCCUGCCCUUUCUAGUCCAUCAGUCAGUCAGUCCCCUCAGAAUAGCAACACGUGUGUCCAGAGGAAGUCUUCACAUGCAAGGGAUAGGAAAGGAAGCAUGAGGAGAACAGAUGCAGAAGAACGGAAGGACAAAGAUUCUCUACGUAGCCAUACUCACGUGGAUAAAAAACCUGAGCCAAGUACACUGGAGAUCAGCGAUGAUAAAUGUACAAGAGUUUCAUCACCAUCUAAGUUAAAGAAAGUAGAGUGCCCUUCUCCUGUAGAACAAAAGCCAGCAGAACAUAUGUCUUUGUCAAAUCCAGCUCCCCUUCUAGUCUCUCCAGAAGUCCAUCUCACUCCUGCGGUGCCUUCUUUACCAGCCACUGUGCCAGCCUGGCCAAGUGAACCUACAACUUUCGGACCAACAGGUGUCCCUGCUCAGAUUCCCAUUUUGUCAGUGACACAGACCACUGGACCUGAUGCUGCUGUGUCACAAGCGCAUUUAACACCCUCUCCAGUUCCUGUGUCAAUUCAGGCAGUUAACCAGCCCUUGAUGCCUUUGCCUCAGACAAUGAGCCUCUAUCAAGACCCACUCUACCCCGGGUUUCCGUGUAGUGAGAAGGGAGAACGAGCCAUUGCACCACCUUAUUCACUGUGUCAGACCGGCGAGGACCUGCCUAAAGAUAAGAACAUCCUUCGAUUCUUCUUCAACCUUGGUGUAAAGGCAUAUAGUUGUCCUAUGUGGGCCCCACAUUCUUACCUGUAUCCCCUGCACCAGGCCUACAUGGCAGCCUGUAGGAUGUACCCAAAGGUCCCUGUUCCUGUGUAUCCUCAGAAUACUUGGUUCCAAGAAGCCCCUCCUGCUCAGAGUGAAAGUGACUGCCCUUGUACUGAUGCCCACUACUCUAUGCACCCUGAGGCCAGUGUUAAUGGACAGAUGCCACAGGCAGAAAUUGGACCUCCUGCAUUCUCUUCACCUCUGGUUAUCCCUCCAUCUCAGGUGUCUGAAGGUCAUGGUCAAUUGUCUUACCAACCUGAACUUGAGUCUGAGACUCCUGGGCAGCUUCUUCAUGCUGAAUAUGAAGAAUCACUAAGUGGCAAGAACAUAUACCCACAACCGUCCUUUGGCCCUAACCCGUUCUUAGGUCCAGUUCCCAUUGCACCUCCUUUCUUUCCUCAUGUUUGGUAUGGGUAUCCUUUUCAGGGAUUUGUAGAAAAUCCUGUAAUGAGACAAAAUAUUGUCUUGCCCUCUGAUGAUAAAGGGGAACUGGAUUUGCCCAUGGAGAGUCUAGAUCUGUCUAAAGAAUGCGACUCUGUCUCAGCAGUGGGUGAGUUUCCGGAAGCCAGAGUUGAAGGUGCACAUUCUCUCUCAGAAGCCCAAAGUGUGAGCAGCAAGCAUGAAGGCCGAGUGGAGCAGUCGUCCCAGACACGAAAGGCCGACAUAGCUUUGGCUUCGAGCUCUCCUGGAGUAGAGGGAAAGGCUCAUCCUCCCACUCAGAUUCUAAACAGAGAGAGAGAAACCAUGUCUGCUGAACUUGAGCCUAAGAGGACCAUUCAGAGUCUAAAAGAAAAACCAGAGAAAGUAAAAGAUCCCAAGACUGCUGCUGAUGUAGUUGGCCCUGGGGCCAACUCUGUGGAUAGAUUGCAAAGACCAAAAGAAGAGAGUUCUGAAGAUGAGAGUGAAGUGUCUAAUAUACUGAGAAGUGGCCGACCCAAGCAGUUCUAUAAUCAAACUUAUGGAAGCAGGAAAUACAAAAGUGACUGGGGCUCUUCUGGUAGAGGUGGCUAUCAACAUGUGAGAGGCGAGGAGUCCUGGAAAGGGCAGCCUAAUCGAAGCCGGGAUGAAGGUUUUCAGUACCAUCGAAAUGUUAGAGGACGCCCAUAUAGGGGAGAUAGGAGGAGAUCAGGCAUGGGAGAUGGCCACAGGGGACAACACACUUAAUGGUUACUUGUUGCUCAUAUUGUAGAGCUGAAGCCUUUUCUUAGGUGGAGUAUUUCUGAAGGCUUUAAAAACAUUAAAAUAAAACCCAAAUUGGAACUAUCUCCGCCCCUCCCCUUUUACCCCUAAUUCCUAUUCUGGAUGAGACUUUGGACAUGACAUGUUCAAGGGGCAGAUGAAUUUUUGGCAUUGUGGUUUUUCUUACUCUGUUUAUUGGGUUACUGCCCCCAUAAAAAGUAAACAUGACUUCAAGUAUUUUUUUAUAAACAGCUCAAUAUAAAACAUAGACAUAGUGUUUGGUUUUUUUUUUUUUUUUCCUUGUGUAAGUUUGGUUUAAAACAUUGGAAAUGUGUGCUUUUUAGUGUUUACUAAAGUGACAAGAAAGUAAAGCAUUCAACACACUAUAGAUUCCAAAACAUAACAUUGCACCAAAUAGAAAUGUAUAUUUUAUUAUGCAAUGCCUUAGUCAUAAACUGGGCUCAAACAGUUCUCAGCCUAAAACACUGUUGUCUUUUAAUAUGCUUCCAACCCAAAGGCCUUUCAUCUCAGUAUCUGUCAAACUUGAAUAACGUCUUCUCUCUACUAUUACACACGAGGCAGCCUAUUAACCUGUGUCUCAGAAUUGUUGUAUAUAGUUCUUUUAAUAUCCAUAGGGUAUAUUUUUGAAUUUUGGUGAGUAUUUGUUGAACUUGAGAUUGCGUACAAUAGAUGUUUAAGAAAUAGUAGGAAGUCCGAUGAGACGGCUGUUUCCAUCAAGAACUCUUAGCACUGCUGUAAAUAUCAUGGUGCCUACUCGAAAGGAAUGUAGAUGCUAUGCAUUUUGAGAAUAAUCUGCAUCUGUUAAAACUGCAGAGGUUUUUUAAUGCCACUUUAACACUAAUGCACUGACAGAUUCUAAAUAUUUUGUGAGAAAUGUUAAAAUUUUUACCUUGAUAGGCUUCUCUAUAAAGUGUUGUUUUUCCUGCAACAAUGGUUAUGUUCAUCAUUUACAGUUGCAUGUUGAACUUGUCAUAGCUGGAAUUACUGUAGAAAAAGAACGUGAUUGUGACUUCUAGUUUUUCUAGAGGAUGCUGCUAGAGGGUGGUUUUGCUUUGCAUUUCGUAGCUCUUACCCAUCAGUGCCGUGUCUGAUCUGCUUCUUCCAGUCUGCAGUAUUCACCAGGCUCCUUUUGCAUGUUGCACUGUUCUCAUUUAGAGAGUGGACUCAGACAAACACAGUAUUCACACAUCUGUGUUACUUUGUAAAACUAACUGUUCUUUGUAUUUCUUAUUUGUAUAUAUCAAUGUGAAACUCUACCUUUUUUUAAAUGUUGCAAUUACCUUGUGAUCAGGCAGCUUGAGUGCUAUGCAAUAGUAGUAUGGUGGUGAUUUUCUUUGCAUGUUGUAAUAUACCUAACCAGAAGUAGAUGUGGCUUUUGUUUUGGGGGGCAGAUUACUUAAAAGCAAAUACAAUUAACUUGAAUAUGACAAACGAAAGCAGACAGUUUUCUGGGUCUUCUGAUGACUUGUGGAAUGUUUGGCUGUCAGCUAGGCUCAGUGAAGCUCCAUUGUACUGUAAUGAUGGCAUUUACCUCUGUGCUGUUUUAAAUACCCUCAUGUCUAUGUAACUGCUGAUUUGAGUAGUGAUUAGCAUUUAGAAAGUUUGUAACAUAGAUCUUUAGAGAGCACUUUGAAAGAUAACAUUUUAUUAAUGAUGGUGCUAGGUAAAAAAAUUUAUAGCCUGGGAUGUGUAGAAAAAAUCGAGAAUCUGUUGAAAGGAAUUUGUUGUCUGCUCCUAAGCCAGAAUGGUUGUCCUGCCAGUGCUUCAAUAUUAGUGGCUGCAUUAUGGAAUAAGAACUCUAGAGGCUCUUCUCUUUUUAGUCCGUGCUUUUUAUGUAGAAUUGGCUUUAUCUCAUAGUUUUUAUGAAAAAUCAUCUUUUGAUGUCAUAAACUAGAUUUGUAAGUUUGACAUGUUUUGUCUCAGGCGUCCAAAAGAAGUAGCUGUUUCCAAUGUCUUUUGUGUUUCUCCGACUGGGAAAAUGUUUGAAAUUGGACAGGAAAGAUUAAUGCUUGGUUUCUCACACUCUGUCUCACCUUAGUGAAGAACAAUGCUUUGUAGCUCCCGAGGGAAACUGAUGAGCUUCUGUCUCCUUCCCUGACCUCUGGAACAUGAUGAAGCAGUGGUGAAAGAAUUCUAGCCUGUGGUACUUCCUUUGUAACCUCCGGAAUACAACUCUGACUUGAGUAGUUUUAAAUACAAUCUUUGUAUGAAGGUCAGUUUUCUUUCUUUAGGUAUGUUUUUAAGUGUAUUCAUCCAGGGGAUUUUGCCUUAUCUUGAGGGUCAGGUUAGGGCCAAGCAAGCUUUUUUUCUUCACAUGAACUGUAAUAAAGUAUUUGACCUCUUUCUACACAAUGAAAGAGAAAAAUGACAGCUGAAAGUCCUUUGUAUAGUAAUUGGGAAGUGAUGAAACCUUAUGAUGGAUACAUUUUGAAGAAAUGCUUCCACUGACCAAAGCUCAUCUGUUUUAGUUUAGGUGCUCUAGUUGGACGAGACUGACCCCCAGCCUCUUCCUUUAGUGUUGUCUCUUCAAGUUACUUCCUCUCAAGGCACAUCUUCCUUUCUUGCCCCACACACUUCUUGGCAGCCUUCAUGUCUCCUCUAAGUCUGUUUGAUAGCAGGGCUAAAUUCAUCCCUGCUGCAACCUGACAGGAGUAGGUUUCCCAUAACCCACAGUGCUGAGAGUUUGUGUGCUGCAAACCAUUCUUUAAGUGGAGUCUUUCCUUUGGCCAAGGGUGAAAUAACAUGCCUGUGAGCUGCAGACUUGCUUGUGAUUGACUCGGUGCAAUACAGUUCCUUUCUAAACACUUCUGGUUUAGAAGAUACUCAGCCAUCCUGGAAACUAGCAAUAUUUAUUUUACCUUCAGUUUAAAUGAGGUUUUUCUUUCACUUAGGGUACUUAUUAGCAAGAUCCAUUCUGGUGUAGCUGAAGAGAAAUCUAUGUUUCUGUUUACUGUAUUUUGCUUCCCUAUUUUAUGUCUAAUUGUUUUUUAAAAAUCUUCAUAAUGGCUCACUUGAGUACGUCAAUUUGAAAGCUAAGAUUUUCCUACUUAGCUAUUGGUUCUCCCACUAAUCGGGACUUUUAUUUUUUUUUUUUUAAUUUUUUUUAAAAGCUUCCCCGUUCCCUAAAAUUAUAAGUUUUAGAAUAUCCUGUAAGAGGGGUGGGUGCAUGUCUUAAUGCUGAGAAGCAGCAGCUUUGGGGGUGAAUUUACUUGAAUGGUUUAAAAAUUGCAUUGUUACAAAGCUAGAAAAAAUUUAUGUAUGAAAAAUGGACCUAGCCUUACACUGAGUACAAUAAUACUUAUAAGCAUGUGAAGAUGUGAUCAUUUGUGAUGUUACUUGUAAAAAACAUAUAUACAUAUCUAUACAUAUCUUUUGAAGUGUUGAAAGGAAUAGUACUUUAUAUUCUUUAUCAUACCACUUUUGUAAGUGUUGAAUAUAUUGCUGUUUAUUUUUCUAUGUUCUGUUUCGUAGCCUUAAGAAGUGUUUCAAACGAUCUGAAUGUAUAAAACAAGUCAAUGCCCUACAUGGUGUGAUGCUGCAUUAUAUAUACAACCGUGUGCAUAUAUUAAAUUCUGUCUGUCGAUUCUGCUUGGGAUUCUUUGGUCUUUGGGUAACCCAAUAUAUCACAUGUAAAUCUGAGGAUAAAUCUUAGUAAACUCUUGAAAAUGA